AUUAUCAUUAUUUUGCAUAGUAUUGUUUCAAAUCAUCAUUACCGUCGUACUAUAUAUGUUCUUUAAAAGUUUAAAAAAUAUCAGAAACAUAAUAUUACUAUUUUGCAAAGAUAUUAGUGCAAAAAGAAUUAACGCAAAAUGUUAAGAUUUAUGAGGAAAGAAAUUCUUAUUUGUUUCCAGGUAAAAAAAUGCAAUACGAGAACUUUUUAUAUAAAUAGAAUGUUGCGUUCAGAAGAAAAGUAUCUAGAAAUUAAGGAAGAUAAUGGAGUAAGGACAUUGAUAUUGAAUCAUCCUGCAUCUCGUAAUUCGUUAUCUUUGAAAAUGUUGGAGUCUUUAUUAACAAAUAUUAAAAAGGAUGAAGAUAAUAAAGAUCUUCGGUCUAUAGUUAUCAAAUCUGGAUUAGAAAAAGUAUUUUCUGCUGGGCAUAAUAUAAAGGAACUGACUGGUAACAACGAGAAUCUUCACAAGGAAAUCUUUGAAACAUGCUCAGAGUUGAUGCGAGCAAUGACUCAAAGUCCUGUUCCUAUAAUUGCUGCUGUAGAUGGUAUAGCAACUGCAGCUGGUUGCCAGUUGGUUAUUGCAUGUGACAUUGCUAUUUGCACUGAGAGAAGUUCAUUUGCUACACCAGGAGCCAAUAUUGGAAUAUUUUGUUCUACACCAGGUGUUCCCUUGGUUCGAAAUGUACCUAAGAAGAUUGCAACGUAUAUGCUGUUCACAGGUUUUACCAUUAGUGGUAAAGAAGCAUAUGAAGCAGGGCUUGUCAGCAAAGUUGUACCAAAUGAUAAAUGUGAAGAAGAAAUUGAAAAGAUUACUGCAUCUAUAAACAUGAAGAGUCGUUCGGUUGUUCAUGUUGGGAAAACAUUUUUGUAUGAACAAUUAGAUCUUGAUAUAUUAACUGCAUAUUCCUUGGGAACUGAAAAAAUGAUUAAUUGCUUAAAAAUGAAAGAUGCUCAGGAAGGAAUCACAAGUUUCAUUGAAAAACGAAAACCUGUUUGGUCUCACGGUUAUGAAAAAAAUUAAUAUGGACUGAUAUAUGGAGAUUAUAUGUUACAAAUUUUCAAUAAUUAAAUGGUUUUUGUUACUUUUAUGGAAGAUGUCAUAAGUAUGUGACUACUUUUAUUGUAUUUUUAUAUUAAACUGUUAUAAUUUUCACAUAA